GCUCAGAGAUAGCCAUGGACCUGCCUAGUGCUGCAUAGCUCUGAGCAUCCUAUACCGAGCCAGGACCCGAUAUACCGAGCUGUCACUACAUUACCCGAGAUCCCCCGCACUAUCCUCAGAGCAUCCUUCCCCGGGUACCCGCCCUGCAUCCCAGGUACCUAACAUCAUACACGGAGCCUCCACCCAGAUACUGCGGACCCAUUACCCCGGACACACCGCUGAGGAUGCAGUGAGCCGCCUUCUUGUUCUGCAAUCGGAUACCGCAAACAUGAACUCUUUGCUUUUCGGGGACAUGGCCCGGGCUCUGGAUCCCAAUCCCGGCUCGGCCCCGGUCACUAUGGCUCUCCGCAAUGACUUGGGCUCUAACAUCCACGUGCUGAAGACCCUGAACGUCCGGUUCCGCUGCUUCCUGGCUAAGGUGCACGAGCUGGAGCGGCGGAACCGGCUGUUGGAGAAGCAGCUGUCCGAGCAGUAUGGCCAGAGCCGGCAGGAGCGCCGCGGCAGGUUCAAAACCUUCUACCGGGACCAGGGAGUGCAGACCGAUGGGGCAGACCACACGGUGCCCGCGCCCCAGGGCAAUGCCAACCUACCCAGGUACAGCAGGAUGCCGGGGACCAUCUGGAGCUACACCCACGUGCGGCGCACCGGGGGCGGCCUAGAGACCCUGCAGGGACCCGGAGUGUCAUGGACUCAUCCGGAUGGGGUGGGAGUGCAAAUAGACACUAUUACCCCUGAGAUCCGGGCUCUCUAUAACGUCCUGGCCAAGGUGAAACGGGAGCGGGACGAGUACCGGAAGAAAUGGGAAGAAGAGUUGGCCAAGAGGACAAAUUUGGAAUCUAUGGUGGAGGCCCUUCAGGAGGAGGCGCAAGAGGCUUACAGUGUCCAUGACGAGCUGAAUGAUAAGAUUGAGAGGCUAAAAUCAGAGCUGGUGGUCUUUAAAGGGCUGAUGUCGGAUCCAAUGACUGAUCUCGACUCAAAGAUCCAGGAAAAAGCCAUGAAGGUGGAUAUGGAUAUCUGCAGGCGGAUUGAUAUCACCGCCAAACUGUGCGAUGUGGCGCAACAGCGCAACUCUGAGGAUGUUUCCAAGAUGUUCCAGGUAGGAACACUGUCCAAAAAACGAGAUCGAAAGCUGACGUCUGAUGAGGACAUGUCCGAGCCGGAUGGAGACGCAGGCAGGUUCUCGGAUGAUGAAGUCACCUGCUCUAUGAACAUUACAGACGAAAUGAAGAGGAUGUUUAACCAGCUCCGAGAUUGUGAUUUUGACGAUGACUGUGAUAGCUUAACAUGGGAAGAAAAUGAGGAUACCCUUUUGUUGUGGGAAGACUUUACGAAUUGCAAUCCACCAGCCGAAGUCCAGGGAGAACAGGAGGAAAGUCUGGGAAACUUGAUACAAGAAGCAGAGACCUUUCUUAAGACGCGAGACCAAGAAUACCAGGAAACGAUAGAUCAGAUUGAGCUGGAACUGGCUACAGCAAAAAGUGACAUGAACCGGCACCUCCAUGAAUACAUGGAAAUGUGUAGCAUGAAAAGGGGUCUGGAUGUGCAGAUGGAGACUUGCAGAAGACUCAUAAAGGGAUCAGCUGGCAGUAACUCUCCGUCUACCAGUUCCGUGGCCAGCAGUGACUCAGGGAAUUCAGAUGAAAUUCAAGAUGAAUUUGAAAAGGAGGCAGAAGCUGACGGCGCUAUAAGCUGAUGCAUUCCAGAAAGGAGACAAAUACAUGGAACGUUACAAACCAACUAUAGACUUUAGAGUCUUGUACGAAGAAUGACAAAGAACUUUUUUUAAAUCCUCACCCUCUGGUGCUGUAAAUGUCUAUUCUUCUACAGAGAAAAGAAAUGUAAAUACAAUUCUUAAAAACAAACAAACAAAAAGUGCUAUUUAAAUUGUGCCUUUUAUCCAUUGCUGAGCCACUUGGGGUUCUGCUGCUAAAUAAUUUAUCAAAUUUAUGUUUUGUUUUGUUUUUAAUGCUUUUUUCCUGCUAAGAUGUCUGUAAUUUGAUUGGAAGAUGUGUAUUCCUGACAUCUGCACGACAUUUAAAAAAAAAAAAAGAAUGGGUAGAAUAAGGAUUGAAAAAAGAGGAAUCUGGAAAUCUACCCACAAAAAACCCCAUUGCUAAUAGCGAGCCUCCCCACGCGUUUUGGUUUUUUUGCCAAUAGAAGGUCAAAUAAAUUUGCUACAGCUAUCUGUUUGGAUAUCCAUACUGCAGUAUCCUAAACUGAUAUGGUAUGUGAGAUUCCAAAACCAAGGCUCCCUGGCACAGAGUUGGGAAAAAGACGAGUUCUGAAUAGCACUGUGUAGGAACACUAUGCAACAGCUUGCCUUAUAUAGAGUGAAUGUUUGCCCCUUGCUGGGCUUCCUGUGUCUGGGUGCAUGACUAGAUGUGGCGCAUCUCUAAUAAUGCAGAGAAACAGGGAAGUGAUUACAUCCUUGGUUCCUGUAGCUUGGAUUAAAGACAGGCACUUAUUACAUUGUGCAGUGUUUAAAAGCUGUCAGCAGCAGAAGGGUUAAGCUUUUUGGCUUUCUUGCAUCUGUAAUGGGUUGCCCUUUUGUAAACACACAGCACUGCAUAGAAUUCUUUUACGGUUGUGUUCUCAUUUACUUUUCUACAGUUCUAAGUUCAGAUUAUAAUAACUCCCAUAUAUACAGAUCUUAAUGAUUAGCUUCCAGAUCUGCACAGUAACAGCCGCAGCAUUGUGUGCUAGAGACUCGGUGUACGGCAGCCAGUAGGAGCGCAUGCUUAUGGUCUCUGCCUAGAGCUAAUAAUGCAGCUAUGAGAUUUCCUAAGAUUGAUUAUGCAGGGAGAGUUAUUUUAGACAUUUAGAAAGAUGGUUAUUUAUACUACAAAUCCCAGAGAUUAUAGGGUGUCAGCAUAGUGUGCAUAUGGUAGUUUAUGUAAAGCAGCAACAUGGCUGUACUGUGUAAGGCUACUUCAUAACUAAUAUUGCACUAUUUUGUGAACUAUUCUCUCCUUGCUGAGGAUAUUUUUGGAUCUAUAUGAUCUCAUUUUGUAAUCAUGACAUUGCCAGGGUUGGCAGACAUAAUAAAUCAUUAAAGGCAUCUGCAUCACUUUCGGUUAUGGUACCACAGGCACAGGCUAGAAGCUGCAGUUCUUUUUAAAUAAUUAUUACUUGAUACUUUAUCUUAAAGACCUCACAGUCUUGAGAAUUUUAUGGCAAAAACAAAAAUCCUUUCCCCCCAUCUGGUAUGUCCAUAUUCUGGAAGUAUUGGUGGGAACUUGUAUCUGUUUUGUGUUUUGCUUUUUAUGUGUACAGUUUUAAAGCUGUUUCUGUAUAUAAUGUACUAUGUUUUUAUUAGGACUUAUUUAUCCUACCUGGGUGGCCUUCUGAUCCUUUUUGUUUGUUUUUUUCAUUGGAUAUCGAUUUUGUGGUUUUCUAUGUUGCAAAGACAAAUGAAAGCUUGUGUCUAAAGUUUUCAUGGUCAGCCUCUCAAUUUACUGUAGCCAAAGUUAUGUCUCUGCAUAUAGAGAAGGAAUAGUUAAAGCAGGGUGCAAUUUAUCUAAUUUUUACCAUGUUUUCUUCAAACAGAUUUUUUUUUUCUAACUAAAUAACAAAUCAGACUAUUCGAGGCUAAAGAGGGCCGCAGUGCAUUAAAGGGACACUGUAUAUAAACCAGUUAUGUGAUCCAUUUGAAACAGUAGUAUCUAAACAUAUCAAAUUACUUUUAUUUGGUUUUGCACAUUUUUUUUUUUUUUUUUUUUAUGUAAAACCUGAAUACAUUAAAAUUGAAACUGAUACAGGUGAAUAAAUUGGGAGCUUCCUACUAAUGCUCAUUGGCUGAAAGAAACUUCCUGUGGAUGUCUAAUGCCUAAAGCUUAUUGGUUGACAGAUACUUCCUGCUAGUGUCCAUUGAGCCAAUGAGCAUAGCAAUAAUUGCACAACUGACACUAAUAUGUUAGUUUAAAUAUAUUUUAGCUAUUUAUUCAGGGAAUAAAAAUGUCAGUAUGUUUAACUGGAUGCAAAAACAUUUUUAAUACAGCGUCCCUUUAGCGUAUUGUUGCCCUCUGUCAGCCGAGAUAUUAAAAGCCAUUUGGUUUAGUAGCCAUAGGAUUAUUGUUACUUAUCAACUUCAUAUUUCAUUUUUCCUAACCAUAAGCAAAAAAAUAAAAUCCCAAAUACUUAAAUUUGUGAGAACUACCAAUAUAAUGUUUGAAUGUUGCAGACUUUUCCUUCUCUUAUAUCAGCAACACUGUAAAUACUUCCUUUUUAUUUUGUAUUCUAUGGAAGUGUCAUAUUGACACUUUUUAAAAAAGUCAAAUUGCAAUUCAUACUGUUUCCUUGUACAUUUUUAAAGAUACAUUUUGCUUAACUUGACCCUGUUGUAAAGGGUCACUUCAUAGUUGUACAGUAUGGACGAAAGUCUGUUUUUUUGUUGUUGUUUUUUUGUCACAAUUUUGUGAAUUUGCCCUUAAAUAAAGAGACCUACAAGGAACAUAGGAUUAACAAUAUAUUCUAAUGCAAAUAUUAUGUGAUAAAAGUGACUAGAUCAUGUACUUUUUGUAUUAUUAAUCCUAGCUGUGUUUAAUCCUGCAUAGGAGUUAAAGGGACAGUCUACACCAGAAUUUUUAUUGUAUAAAAUUGAUAAUUCCUUUAUUACCCAUUGCACAGUUUUGCAUAACCAACACAGUUGCGUUAAUACACUUAUUACCUCUGUGAUUAUCUUGUAUCUAAGCCUCUGCAGACUGCCCUUUAUCUGUUCUUUUGACAGACUUGCAUUUUAGCCAAUCAAUACUGAAUCCUAGGUAACUCAACGGGCAUGAGAACAAUGUUAUCUAUAUGUCAUACAUGAACUAACACCCUCUAGUGGUGAAAAACUUAAAGCAAAAUUAGUGAUAAAAGUAAAUAGGACAUGUAAUUUUAAACAACAUUCCUAUCUAAAUUAUGUAAAUGUAUUUUGGACUAGACUGCCCCUUUAACCCAGUUUGCUAGAAAGAUCAGCCAUACUGUAUUCUGUGAAGUUGGGUUUGUAUAUAUGGAUAUUGAUAGACUAUGUAUAAGUAUUGCUUUUUUAUGGGUGCAUGUUUCCAGACGUCCAAAGAUUUUGGAGCUGUAAAGCUCUGACAAAAACAAGAACUUUUUUUAGGUUAAAUUUCCAGCCAGUGAAGGGUUAUCACUGAACACUGGGAAAGUAAAAUAUCCUUGUAAGCUAGUUGUAAUCUAUUUAUAAGAUAAAUUGUGAAUAUUAUAUUUUUAUGAACAAAAACAGUUUUAAAAAUACAAAUAAAAAAAAAAUUAUUUUUUUUGAACGAAACAGACUCCUUCAGUAUUCUUACUGUACUGUAAUAAUCAGAUCAGGGGGAUGAAAGCAUGAUUAUGGUUUGGUUGAAGUAAGAGACUAUAAGUGCAAGGUACUCUUUUUAUUGGGUACUGAUAAUAGGUCAUAAAUUAGUAAACAAAAUACAUUUUGCAAUCUAGACCUUUUUUUUGUAAGGAAUUAUUGUAACAUGAUAAAUUCAUUUCUGGAUAAGGAUAAAGGGACCUUUUAAACUAAAAAAUAUGGAUAUAAACCUGCAAUAAUUUAAUUUUUGUGUUUAUGACAAAACUUUAUAUAUGUUUGUUCAACAUAAUUCUGGAACACAUUUUAAAAUGUCCUUUUUUUAUUAGUGGAUUAAAUAAACUGAAUCUCCCCUUGAUUUUGUUAUAAUCUCAAAAGCUGUAAUGGGGUCUACCUUCUCGGCUACAUGAAAAUUACUCAGUUGGCAAAAUCACAUACAAUUUAGGGAGAAAUGUGGUUUAACCCUUUAGCUGCCGAGAAGUUUGCAAAUAUGUUGUUGGGUUAAAGGCACCUGAAGAAUUUCAGUGUUUGUGAAACACCACAAGUCAUUUUUACAACACUAUUUUACAAGUAAUUUUUAGAAAUUCCAGAACUUUGUUUUUAUGGAAAUGGUUCAAAAAUACUUUAAUAAAACCACUUAAAAAAGGUUUGUGGAUUUCUGUUAUACCUUGUGCAGUAUUGCAGCAUAUAAUAUACAUUUUGUUUAUUUUUAUUUUUAUUUAUCACAAUGUGAAUAACUUAAAAUGUCAGAGGGCAGGUAUGUUUGGGAACUCGCUGGUGAGUGUUUUUAUUUUUUAAAAAUACUCCAUUCUAUCAAUGUUCCCCAGGUAUCUGUCUAUUUACUGUGUGUUUGCACCUCCCUGUGGCAGAGGAGGAUAUUGCAAACUGGAAAUUCUGUUAAAUGAAAAGCAAUACUGAAAAUGUGACUCAUCCAAUUGUGUGUGAAUAAACAAUCUGUUUUUGUACGUUCUCAUCUAUGUAUUUGCAGACACUGGAGAAUGUAAAAUCAUUUUUUUACCAUCUGUUAUUAAUGUCAUUUAUUUUAACAUAUUUUAUUUUACUGUAGUAUUAAAUAUUUGUUGUUCUAAUUAUAAAAAUCUCUUAACUUUUUGGCUGUAUUGUUUAAAAGCGAGGGGGUUAAAGGGACACUGUACUGUAAUAUUUGUUUUCCCUAGAUGUGUUCCAAAUAACUUUUUAUACUUACUGCAGAGUAUUUAAUGUAUGGGAAAUUGUUAAACCAUCAAUAUCCUGUCUAGGACAUGCCCCUUUAAAUGGGCUGACCCUGCAGAAAGCGAAGACCUUCUUUCUAAACUCUUUCUGUAUACAGAGUCUUAGGGCUUUAUUCAUAAAGUGAUAAAUUGUAGGUGACUUGAAAGUUUUCAUUAACUAUGUAUUAUCAAGGGUCAAACCCAGUGAGUAUCUCCUGCAAGAAGAACUCAGUUAGCCCUGCACAAUGCAUAGUUAAUGCUGCAUACAAUUCACCGGCAAUUCUCCUAUUUUAGGUUAAUUGUGCACAGCAUUAACUAUACAUUGUGCAGGGCUAACUCGGUUCUUCUUGCGGGAGAUACUCAUUGGGUUUGGCCCUUCGUAAUGCAAAGUUAAUGGUGGGAAUAGUAAUGUUUCAAUUCACCUGCUAUUUACCACUUAAAGGGUCAUGAAACCCAAAAUCUUUCUUUCAUGAUUCAGAUAGAGUAUACAAUACAAUACAAUUUCAAACAACUUUCCCAUUUACUUCUAUUAUUUAAUUUGCUUCUUUCUCUUGUUAUCCUUUGCUGAAAUGUUUAUCUAGGAAAGUUCAUGUGCAGCAGAGAACCUAGGUUCUAGCUGCUGAUUGGUAGCUGCAUAUAUAUACCAAUUGUCAUUGGCUCACACAUGUGUUCAGUUAGAAACCAGUAGUGCAUUGCUGCUCCUUCAACAAAUGAUACCAAGAUAAUAAAACAGAUUAGAUAAUAGAAGUAAAUUAGAAAGUUGUUUAAAAUUGUAUUCUCUAUUUGAAUCAUGAAAGACAUUUUUUGGGUUUCAUGUCUCUUUAAUGAACAGACCCCUUAAAGUUAUUAAAAUGCUAAUUAAGGCUCAAUUACUAAAACCAGCUAUUUCACAUACAAAAAUAUCUCUCUUUACCACCCCUACUGCGACUUUUAUUUCACGUUUUUACAUAGCUUUAUUACAGAGCAUACAAACCUAUUCAUAUUUUCAGUAUAGGUGACAGUUGUGUCCAGUGUUCCCUCUAAGGCCAGUGAAACAGUUAAUUAGAGCAAUUAGCAAACACUACAUAAUGAAGACUGCCAUGUGUGGUUCCCUUAUUAAUUAUUUCACUGCUGGGCCGCACACAAAAUGGCCUUAGAGGGAACGCUGGUUGUGACAUACUAUUUCAAACAACAAAAUAAAUGUAAAGGAUAGGGGUGUGUGUGUAAACAAUUUAACACAUUCCAGCAGGUGAAACUGAUCAUUGGGAACAUUUUACAGUACAAUGUUCCUUUAAAUAUAGCAGUUUUAUCUGAUCUUGAGUGACCCUCCUGCAAAAAACAAAAUUGAAAAUGCAGCUUUUGAACUCAAAGAAUUUAAGCUUUUCAGAACCUAUUUGUUAUAUAAUUAUGUCUCCAUCUUUAAAUGGCCUAUACUCUCUGGUUUUUAUCGCUUCAUUGAGUACAACCAGCUAUUAUCUGCACUUUUUAUAGGACCCAUGCAAUAAACUUUUUUAACCCUUCGAUUACCAGUCUGGCUUAUUUGCCUACUGGCAGUAUAAGGGUUAAGAUGAUAAACUGUUUUGCAAUACAUUCCUCUUAGGUGACAGUUUUUGAAUACAAGUAACAGCUCUAAUCCCUUUUAUUAAAGGAAGGGGUUGUAUAUGGAGCAACAAGCACUUAAAGCCAAAUUAUUAACCGUUAUUGACAUUUUAUCCAUUGUCUUCUUUUGUUUGGGAAUUGGGUUUUUGUACAUAAUUGUGUUUAAUUCAUUCUUUGUAUUGUUUGUUUUGCUUAAUGUUUGCAUACAUGGAAUCCUAUGUGUAUCCAUCCACUCUAACCGGCACAGAGCAGGAAUAUGUGUCUUGAAAAAUAUGUUAAUAAACUCCUGUCUGUAAGUGGAUAAAAAUAAACCAUGAUUUUCUAUCCCUUUUGGUAGUUAAGGGGAUUAAAUUGGUUGUGGUACUUUCUCUCUUUUUGGUUAUAGGGAAAAAAUAUUUCAAUAAAUGCCAAAAUUAUGGAA